AUGGCUUUCUCUGGGACAUCCUCAUCAUGGCUGGUGUCAGCAUUGACACUCCUCUCCUUCUUUUCUCUCCUCCUCCCCGCUAAUGCCCUGUACUUCUACAUGGAAGGCCGCCAAACAAAGUGCUUCUUCGAGGAUCUACCCAAGGACACUCUAGUCGCCGGCCGCUUCGAGACAGAAGUCGUCAACCCCCAGACCGGCGCCUACGCGAUCGACCAGAACUUGAAGGUACACAUCACCGUCGAGGAGACCUUCGACAACGAUCACCGCGUCGUUUCCAAGCGGGACGGCCACACAGGCCGCUUCCACUUCUCCGCCGCAGAUGCAGGCCAGCACCGAAUCUGCUUCACACCCGAGACUGAUGUGACCUCCGGCUGGUUGUCCAACUCUCGGGGCGCCGUAAGACUCACCGUUGAUCUUGCCAUUGGCGAGACCAGCAAGAUCGAGACCGAGGAUAAGGAUAAAAUCAAGGACAUCGUGCAGCGAGUCAAGGAUCUGAACAGCCGCUUGCACGAUAUCCGUCGGGAGCAAGUGUACCAGCGGGAACGCGAGUCUGAAUUCCGUGACCAGUCUGAGACGACCAACUCCCGAGUUGUGCGCUGGACUCUCAUCCAGCUGGCCGUUUUGUCCGCCGCAUGUGCCUGGCAGCUCUCGCACUUGCGCUCGUUCUUCAUCAAGCAAAAGUUGACCUAA